GGGGACCCCCAACACAGGUUGUUGUUCAUCCUAAAGUCAGAAGGUGUUUACCAUACCAGAAAAAUUACGAUCGAGAACCGUUUUAAAUCCAUGAGCCAGUUUUUGGCGUGAGGACAGAGUGCAGAGUUCACGAGAGAAUCCGACAACCUCUCCGCACUAUGGCUGCCUCGGAACCUCCUUAUUUACCUGUAGGAACAGAAGUGAGUGCGAAGUACAGAGGAGCAUAUUGUGAAGCUAAAAUUAACAAGGUGACAAGAUGUGUGAAAUGCAAAAUUUCAGUAAAAGAUAGCAGUGCUUUGAUGUUUGUCUCUGAUGAUGCUGUAAAAGGACCACUGAAGGUUGGAGCAGCAGUUGAAGUCAAGCAACCAGAUAGUGAGCAACAUGUUGAAGGGACCAUACUUUCCAUGAAAGAUUCUAGUACAUACCAUGUUGUGUUUGAUGAUGGAGACCAAGCUACCCUGAGGAGAACUCAGUUGUGUUUGAAGGGAGAGAAGCACUUUAUUGAAAGUGAAACUUUAGACCAGCUUCCCCUUACCCACCCAGAGCAUUUUGGCACUCCUGUUAUGAAUUCCAAGAAAAACAGAAAAGGCAGGUCACAAAAGGGUGAUGAAACUGAGAGUGAAAGUGAAGAGGAGAGUCCCAGCAAGCGUCCAGCCACAAAGCCCAAGUCUGAUGACUGGGUUGGCAAGGUGGUGUGUAUUGAGUCGGGAGACAAGAAGAAGCCAUCCUGGUUUCCAGCCUUAGUGGUUAAGCCAGGGGCACACAACACAGAACUCAAAGGAAGAACACAGAUUUUGGUCCGAUCUUUCAAAGAUAAUAAAUUUUCUGCUGUCACAAAGAAGGAUGCAAAGGAUUUCACAAGUUCACUGGUCACAAAGAAUGAGGACAAGUCCCUGAAGGUUGCCCUGGAAAAAGCCCAGUUAUAUUUGGACAAAAGAGAGCUGCCCCAGAGCUGGGAUAAGGAUGCUUUGGUGGGGUCCGACAGUGAGUCUGAAGAGAGUUCUGAAGAGUCUUCUGAUGAUGAACCUAGUGAAGAAAAGGACAGAUUUGUGGCACAGUUAUACAAAUUUAUGGAUGAUAGAGGCACUCCUAUCAACAAAGCCCCAUGUCUUGGUAGCAAGGACUUGAGCUUGUACAAGCUGUUUAAGGUUGUACAGAAUUAUGGUGGCUACAACAAGGUGACCAGUCAGUUGAAAUGGAGACUGAUUUACUCCAAGAUGGGCCUUCCUCCAAGUAACAGUGCUUCUUCUCAGAUACAGCAAGCAUAUAAAAGGUAUCUGCAUGCCUUUGAGGAUUUUUACCGCAAACUUGGAAGCAGUAUGGGUACCAUCAGUCGGCCAAGCAGAAGCAGGAAUAGUUCAGGAAGAGGUGGAUUUCUGUCUUUUAGCGAGAGAGAAAGAGAAACUCCAAGAUCACCAAAAAGAGAUGACAAAACUUCUUCUGAUGAUGAACCUAGUGAAGAAAAGGACAGAUUUGUGGCACAGUUAUACAAAUUUAUGGAUGAUAGAGGCACUCCUAUCAACAAAGCCCCAUGUCUUGGUAGCAAGGACUUGAGCUUGUACAAGCUGUUUAAGGUUGUACAGAAUUAUGGUGGCUACAACAAGGUGACCAGUCAGUUGAAAUGGAGACUGAUUUACUCCAAGAUGGGCCUUCCUCCAAGUAACAGUGCUUCUUCUCAGAUACAGCAAGCAUAUAAAAGGUAUCUGCAUGCCUUUGAGGAUUUUUACCGCAAACUUGGAAGCAGUAUGGGUACCAUCAGUCGGCCAAGCAGAAGCAGGAAUAGUUCAGGAAGAGGUGGAUUUCUGUCUUUUAGGGAGAGAGAAAGAGAAACUCCAAGAUCACCAAAAAGAGAUGACAAAACUAAUGUCAAAGACCAAGAUAAGAUGAAAGCAAAGGAUAUCAAUUUCGAAAAAACUCCAGUGAAAGAAACUGAUGCUGAGAAACAAAAGGAGAAAGCUCAGCCCAUUGUCAAAAAAGCUGACAAAGAGGAAAAGGAAGAAAGUGAAGUGCCAAGGAAAGAAACCAGAGGUCGAAGGCUAUCCAAAGCUGUUGAGGCAGAGGAGGACAGUCCAAAGAAGCGAAUAUCAAGGUCAGAUUCUCGGGCACAAAUUGAAAAUAAGAAAACUGAGCCAGAUGACAAGCGAAGCACAAGGUCAGACAAACAAGAACCUGCUGAGAAGAAGAAAGAUGAAAAGAAAACUCCUGUGACCAAGUCAGAAAGCAAGUUUACCAAGCCUGAACCCAGACCAGACAGUCCCAGGCGAGGACGUCCUCGCUUACUUGACAAGAAGAGCCCUAAAACCAGUAAAACGGACACAGAGUCAGAUGCAGACAGUGUGAAGACUGAUAUUGACAAGGACGAAGAAAAGGAUGAAGUGCGUGAAAAGAGGGGACGAAGGAAAUCCAGCCGGCUAGAUGAUGAAGAUAGCAAGGAUGGUAAAGAAGAGGAGAGUAGCAACACAAGAUCUAAGAAAACUGCAGAAGAAAAAAGCAAAAAGGCGGAAACAGAAUCUAAGAAAAAUGAAGAGAAAACUAGUAAAGUUAAAAAGGAAGCAGAAGAUGAAUGUGAGAGUUCCGGCAAAAACGAUGACCCUUCCAUCUUGUUCCCUAUUGGCACUAGGGUCAAGGUCAAAUAUGGAAAAGGCAAAAAUCAGAAGGUUUAUGAAGCCAAGGUGACAGAUGUUGAUAAGGAGGACAGUCAGCGCAUUUACUGUGUCCACUAUUCAGGGUGGAAUAUUAGGUAUGACGAAUGGAUCAAAAAGGAACGUUUAGUGUGUGCUGUGGAGAAGAAAGAUGGUAAAAAGAAUCCUCCCAAACCAGCUAGUGUAGAACGUUCUAGUCCUAAGCCCUCUCGCUCGGACAGUCCAAUCACCUCGGCAACACCUCCAGGUUCUGCAUCACCAGCAUCUGGCCAGUCAUCAUCCUUAUCAAAGAAGCGUGGUCGACCUGGAGCUGUUGGCAAUGACAGGCCAGACAGGCACACUUCACCUGCCGCCACUUCUACUACUGAAGCGAGAAUGUCUCGCAGUCGGUCUCCUGCCUCAGCUGGAGUGAAGGCUCCAAGACCAACAAGGUCAACUAGUAUAGAUAAUCCACUGGUGGAUGGAUUGCCUCCAAGAAGAAGGGGUAGGAGAAGCUCUGGUUACACAGAAUCAUCUGAACAGCUGUCACUGGUGUCUGGAGAAGAAGAUGGGAAUAUUUCUGAUGAAGAUGAGAGGGAGGAGAUUUCUACCACCAACAAAGCCACCAUUAAAUCUUCUUUACCAACUCAAGAGGACCCUGUGGAAGACAAGUACAAAUUUGAUGAAGUUGAUGAAGCCACCAUAAAAAUUGAGCCACUUCAGCAUGUUCCUAAACGUGUAGAGCCAAACAAAGCCAAAAUAGAGAUACUGGAACCAUCAAAAGUUAAAGAGAAGAAGCAUGAAGAAAUGCCUACUGUUCCAAUGAAAGCAAAAGAUGCCAAAGCCAUCAACAUUCACAAAGAAAGUGAGACAGCAGUGAUAUCUGGGCCAGAGCAGCAAAAGAAAAUUUUACCAGAAGAAAAAACCAGAAGCCAUCAACAAAUUAUAUCUACAAAGAGUGAAGAAAAAGAUGUUGAAGAGUCUCAAAUCAAGACACGUGAUAGAUCUCCCAGCAAAGUUUCCACAGAAUUAAAGGUGGAUGCAAUGGAGACUGAUGCAGCCAAGCCUGAGAAGAAGGAAACCAAGGCGAAGGGGAAAAGGAAAGAACCAGAAACUGAUAAAUCAAUGAAACCUACAACAAAAAGGAGACGUACAUCUUCGGAAUCUAAGAAAGAAGACCCCAGAGAAGAAGAAGCAACAGCUGUGAAACCCAGUGUUAUCAAAGAGGAAUUAGAAAACAAUGAACAAAAGUUCGAAGAGUCUGCCAAAUCAUCCGAGGAAGAUCAAGGUGGGAAAUCUGAUACCAGUAAUAAGUCAGACAAGAAGAAGAAAAAGGAUACUAAGACCAAGGAAGAUAAACCAAAAACAGAACAAGACAUCAGUAAAAAAGAUAAAACACAAAAGACCAUUAAGACUGAAAAGACUGAGUUUGUUACACAGCAAACUCAAGAGAAUGAGGAAGAAAAAUCCACUAAGAAAAAAGGAAAAAAGAAGAAAGCAAAACAAGACACAGAAGAAAAGGUCAAAGCAGAAGAAAAUAAGGUAACAGAAAAGGCUGAAACAGUUGCAAUCAGUGAAUCAAAGGAUGUGAUAAACAGUGCUGAAAAUGACAGGUUAGCAGUGGCAACUUUGCUGGCCCAGGCUUUACCAGUGGAACAUAACAAAGUGGAGUGGACAAACACUGAACCAAAUUCCCCCAAACCCUCCACAAGUGGUACACUCCAAGCUUUGUCAAAUGCAGCUGCUGGAGUGGCAUCUGCUUAUUCGCCAGCAGCAGCAGUUCCUUCCAGAGUAAGAGCAGAAACCCCUGAGAAGGUAUCUGCACCCAAUGUUUUGCUGGAGAACACCCCACCCAUUACUCCCGAAGGAUCACCCAGGGGUGAACACGGCGUGGGUGAAAGUCAGCUGAAUAAGAACAGAAACCUUCCACAGGCAGAAGAGAGCAUGGAUACCUUGGAUGGAGAAGGAAGUGCCAUUACUAAAGGGAGCGAAUCUCCACACAGUUCUAUUGGGUCUAAUGAGGCUGGAGGCUCCAGUGAUAACAUUACUGGCUCGGAAACCAGUGUUGAGCCCACAGGGAGUAAACGGAAGCAUGUGUCUGAAGAGACAACUUCCUCAAAGAAGAGAAAAAGGAGUAAAAGACAGGCAGCGAAGGCAAAGCAGGCUGCUAGUGAUAGUGAUGAAGCAGUGACAACAGAGAGUGUGGCACUGACAAGCCCAACAUCCAGCACAGGAUCUUCCAUACGAGCUUCCCCUACCAAACGCACAGAGACAGCAGGCAGACGACCAAGAUCACCAAACAGACCUUCCAAAUACAAUUUUAAUCUGGAGGUUGGAGCAGAUUUAGAGGGAGAGAGCAGAAUCAACUUUUUACAAGAAAAGCUUCAGGAAAUUCGCAAAAUUUACAUGUCCCUGAAGUCUGAGGUGGCCUCUAUCGACAGAAAAAGAAAGAAGCUAAAAAGAAGAGAGAAAGAAGCUCAUGACAAACAAGAGCAGCAAGAAAACCCAGAACCCGUAUCAUCAUCCCAAGGGACACAGCAACAAGUGCAGAAAGAACAAGAGCAAAUUAAUCUCAAUGAAACAUUGUGUUCAUAGCAUAGAAUAAGUUUCGUGUUCAGCUUUGUGAACUAUGUGGUAGUCAUUAUAUGUGAUUUACAUAAAAGAGUGGGUAGAAUCUGUGCCAGCACUGUAGUUUAUACAUGGUAUCGUUAUACUACUACAAGUUUACAAGUUACUUUGGGGUUUUCAACAUUGUAUUCCAUGAAUUUGGUAGAUCUGUUGUGCAGCAUGUUAAAAAAGAAUGAGUAAAAAUGUUUUGGAAAAAUUGAUAGACCAAAUUGCAUAAGAUAUACAUUUAGAAUUCCUGAUGUUAACUUAAUGAAUAUGUGCAACCUCUAGUCAAGAAAGGAAUACAUGAUCAGGGUCGGAAGGAUUUCUAUACAUUUUUGGUGCUGCUGCAACAGCUAUAUUAUUGCACAACAUGAAGUUCAUUUUUUGGGCUGAGAAUGUGCAGGUCUGUUUUCAGACCCUCCUUCGAUGAAUAUUAUCAUUCCUCACUUAUGUGCAGACAAACAUGUGUCUGUACAUAUUGCCAACACUGUCCAACCGUAUAGCUAAAGGAACUGAAGUCAUUAAGAUUUCUUCUUAUUGCCACAUCUGGGGAAAUUUUUGCCAUUUUAUUUCAAACUCUCAGUUAAAACUUGUGGACUAAAAUGCAUGUCAAGGUCAAAAUUGUGCUUGAUGUGAUUAUUUAUUAUUAAUUUCUUUUUGGACAUGUGAACAAAACAUCAUCCAAAUAUUAACUAAAACUGAAACCCAUUGGGUUAAAGUCCGGGUUAUGUAACAUGGUUCAGAAAAUGGUUUCCUAGUAAUUUUGUCUUUGUGUAUUACUGCCCUCUACCACUUCCCUUUAAACCUUUAAGUGUCCUGUACAGGGUUCAUUACAGGUGCAGUUACUCUACGUUUUUUCUUACUAUAUUUUAAAUCGUGAUGUUUUGUCUGUACAUUUUUUCAGCUUUAGCUGGUUUGAUUUUUAAAAUGUCUGAAAUCAAAGAAAAUUGUUGCAAGCAAAAACAUUAACUUAGCUUCUUUUUUAGGGGGGAUGAAGAUCUUAUUGGCUGGUAGGAUUUGAAAAGUUAAAAAGUAAUGCAAGUUGAUGAAACCAUCAAACUUGGAGAGGAAAUUGUCAGUUGGUACAAAGUGAAAUAUUUUAUUUUGUAUACUUUUGUAUCUAGUAUUAGGCAGUGCUUUAAGCACUUCUGUCUGAGAGCGAACAUUUUGUGAAUUAUAGAGUGAAAGGUGGGAUUACAUAUUUAUAUACAUGUUUGUAUAUAUAUGCUCAUUUAGAAAGUUGAUGCCAGUAGGAUAUAAAUAAUGUAGAGGAAUAUACUUGUCAUGAAUUAUUGAGGUAAAAUGUUUUAAAGUGUUCUUUAUCUUUUACAUUAUGUACUGAUCAUAUGUCCUUUAUCCGUCUUGCCCUGGAAUAUAAUUUCAGUUGUUUCUUACAAAGUAUGUUAAUUAUAUUAAGAAUAAGGAGUAAAAUUUCUACAAGGAUAAUCUUGAUGCAUCUGGUUUUGUAAAAUGACAUUUAUUUAUUCUUUCUUAUUAAAUAGAGCAUUUUAUCUCCUA